AUGGUGUUCUGYAARAGGAGCAAGAAACCCCACCCUAGGGAUGGGCCAUGGGCGUGGUUGGUUUGUAUCGCUGCUACAGUGAUCUUUGGAUUGUCAUUUGGAUAUAUGUUAAGCUUUGGUGUCGUUUUACCGGUGUUAAGUAAGCAUUUUAACUCCAGUAGAGGAAGUACAGCUUGGAUUGGUUCAUUGGCGAUUGGAUUCUCGUAUCUAUUUGGCCCGCUGGCUGUCAAAACCAUAGACCUUGUCAAUGAACGGACGGUCGGUGUAUGCGGGGCUUUACUAGCUUCAUCGAUAAUGGCAAUCAGUUCAUUUCUCAACAACAUAAUAAUUCUCUACUUCCUUCAUGGCGUCUUUUUGGGGCUUUGCGGAAGCUUCAUUCUCAACUCGCUUUUACUAAUAAUAAGAAAGUACUUUAAAGACAAGCUCGCGGUGGCUAUAGGGAUAGCAUCGUCGGGAUCGUCGUUUGGUGUGCURUGYAUUGGACCUGCUUUGCAUGUACUGAUAGAUUUCUUAGGGUGGAGAGGAACGUUYCGUGUUAUGUCUGGUGUGUUUGUUAUCAUAGCACUGUUGAGUUUAACUUUUGAUCCUAAUAUUCAAGAAGAUGAACAUACUACUGCGAUCACGUGUCAGCAGCGUGACGAGAGAUCGUCGACAACACGCUGUCAGGGUUUCAUAGACUGUUCGAUAUGGAAGUCAAGGCGGUAUGUUGUGGGAAUUGUCACUAUUUUUCUGAUAUACUUUGGGGUCCUUGUACCAAGCAUUCAUUUGGUAAGUAUAUCGUGA